UGACCUUGGUGUUAUUUUAAUUACUGUGACUUCAGUCUGUGAAUGAAUGAGCGACAGUUACUUGAAGGAGAUGUCAUAAACAUUUAAGCGCUGUACCGGUCAUCUCACCCUCACUCCUUAAAAGUCAACUAAAGGGGGGGAUUUCUGCACACCAUGGAGGAAGCUCUUAACAGCACCAUUCAUCCAGCUUGUUUACAAGAGCCCCCGCUGGCUAUCGACGUGAUAAAGCAGCUAGAUGUGUUUGAAAUAUGCCUGUACUCCAUGCUCACCUUCAUGUCCUGCGUCUCCCUGCUGCUGUACCUGGAGCAGUGCAUCUUUAUUUAUAAAAAACUUCCCUACCCCAAGAAGACAAUCAUCAUCUGGAUAAAUGGUGCAGCACCAGUCAUUAGCACCAUGGCUUGUUUUGGGAUGUGGAUCCCAAAGGCAGUCAUGUUCACAGACAUGACAUCUAACUGUUACUUUGCAGUGGUGGUAUAUAAGGUCUUGGUUCUGAUGAUCGAGGAGUUGGGGGGCAGUGAUGUUUUUCUGAAGCGGUUUACUGGUGAAACCUUUCGGAUCAGCACAGGACCCUGCUGCUGCUGCUGCCCGUGCCUACCCCGCGUACCCAUGUCACGGCGAAUGUUAUUCUGGCUGAAGUUGGGUGCUCUUCAGUAUGCAAUCCUAAAAACAGUGCUCUCUGUCCUUGCUAUAAUAUUGUGGACAAAUGGCAACUUUGAUCUCUCCGAUCUAGAGAUCACUGGUACAGCUAUUUGGAUUAACCCAUUCAUUGGCGUUCUCACAAUCAUCUCCCUCUGGCCUGUUGCCAUCAUCUUCAUGAACACAAACCGCUACCUACGCAGCCUCAAUAUUGUACCCAAAUAUGCCAUGUACCAACUAAUACUUGUGUUGAGUCAGCUGCAGACAUCAAUCAUUAACAUUCUGGCCUUGGAUGGAACCAUCGCCUGUGCCCCUCCCUUCUCUUCUCAAGCUCGUGGAUCCAUGUUAAGUCAACAAAUGAUGAUCAUGGAGAUGUUCAUCAUCACUCUGGUCAAUCGGGUUUUGUACCGUCGUACAUAUGACACACUUCCCUCUGAGGCACACGACAACAACCAGAACAGCAAAGUUCUCGUGGAGCAUGAUGUCUAAAAGAGGAGACACUUAGAGUCAACAAUUUAAAUCCAAUCAUCUAUAUAUAGUAACAUGAGUCUGAUAAACUUUUUUCAUUUGAUAUAAUAUUUUACCUCAUUCUGUAACUCAGGUUUAAAGGGAAAGAACGUCUUUUUUUUCUAUUCAAAAGAUUACUCAGCCGCCCUUCAGCUCUAUUCACACAGUACUCACUGACAUCUGUCUGUAUCCUGUAGGUGACAGAACAUUACUUCAUCCUGCCCCAAAACAACUGUCCCCCUGAAGGUUGCACAGUGAGGCGAGUGGGUUAUUGAUUCUGGAAAGAGAUGUCAGCUGCUGAACUGUUUACAUGUCUAUGUAAAUUAAAGUGGUAUCAAUCUCCUGAUCUAAGCCUCUGCAAGAGAGCGAAUAUGUCUGUUUCACAAAAUGAUAAACUAUUCCUUUCAGCUUUACCAAAAAGCAGAGGAAUCAUCAGAGAUAUUUUCAGCUUAUAUUUCGGAUCUAGAGGAGAGGACCAGAGCCUUCUUACAAAAAACAGAGUGUAUCAGCAUGCUGUUUAUAUGCAAGUCGUACUGGGAUAAAUAUAGAGCAGAUGAAAGGCUGAAAGUUAGCAAAGUGGUACUUUAGACUGGAAUUGUGUAGGUUUAUGAAUGUGUGUGUAUGGGAGAACAACAUUUUUACAUUUGCCUAAAAAACAGUAAAUAAAAGCACUUAUUUAUUUGUGUUAACACAUAUGUGUGUUUGUGUGUGAGAGAGAGAGACAUCAUUACAGCCAUACUGACUUUGGUCAAGGUAGUAGUAGUAGUAGGUAGGUAGUUUGCUGGUAGUUUAUAUUUGUAUUUAGUACAAUGCCCAGAUUGCUGAACAUCUAAGCACCAAAUCAUGACUACAUUUAAUAAAAAGGAUCUAUUCUCUCUAUUGUCCAUUGAGCAGCAUGUCCUGGAAGGUCUUUGUAACCCUAGAGUUAUUUAAUUUAUUUAUAGUUCAGUAUUAGUGUGAAUCUCAUGUCAAUCUGUCUCUGGUGCUAACAUUUAAUAUGCACCCUGGUGGUGUAAAAAUAGACCAAAAGUUUUAGAAGGCAACUUAAUCCGUAAGUUAAAUCUCUUUGUCCACUGCAACUGCGUAUCAGAGUGACUCUGUUCUCAAACCUCCUACUGUGUCUUAACACAGCCUGGAAAAACAGCCAGAUUUGUUCAAAGAUUGCUGACCCACUUACUCAGACUUAUUUGGGCCAGGGAAUACACGAGAAUGAGACAGCAGCUUUAUUUUCAGACCUGGUGCUCAUUUUAUAGCUGUCUACAGCCAAAAUGUGCCACGUGUUGUUUCUUGAGCAACCACAAGGGGCUGCACUUGUUCCACCUCAGAACCUCAGUCAUUAACCUGGUAAUGAAGAACCACUCGUUGCCUUCACUUGACUCACAUGACUAAAAAACACACACUCUCAUUCAAUUCAGGGGAGACGCAAAUAUUACAGGAAAUAAGCAUUAUCCUGGCUAUUACGGGUCAGGCUGAGAGUAAAACAACUCUAUUUGUUUUUAGUUGUGAUGUGUUUAAUGUAAAACAUGUAAAACAUUCACACAAAAGUAGACUGUUUUGGAUUAAACUGAAAUUCAAAUUAA